UCAUUGUCUGCUAUUCUAACUGGCAGAUGAACGCCAUCAAAUAAAGGAUAUUUGUGCCAGUAUAGUUAUUUGUGUCCCUUUGUUGGCCCCUGCUUUUUUUUUACACGCCACAUCAUCAAAAUGGAAACUUUCUCCAGGACACCUUCGCCAACCAAAAAGAAAGAGGAUGACAGGAGUAAACAACGAGGUAAACAGAAAGUUAGAGUCUUGAAAGAUGUAGUUGAUAAAGAGCGAAACAGGGCGACAAACAGAACACGACCUGGUGCUUCUAGUCGGAGCAGCAGUUCCAGUAGCUCAGGUUCUAGUUCCGGCUCAUCCAGUGGGAGUUCUUCCAACUCAGGUUCCUCCAGCCCAUCCUCUUCGUCAUCCUUGCCAAGCCCCAGCCGUCAGCGGCAGAACAAACAACACUCCUGCUUAAAGUCCAAAUCGACCAGGAAAGACGAUCGGGAACGUCGAAAGAGGAGUCCCGCUCCAAAACCCACCAAGGUCUACCUGGGCCGGCUGACAAGAAAUGUAAUCAAGGAGCACCUCCAGGAAAUUUUCUCCACCUAUGGCAAGAUCAAGAUGAUUGACAUGCCCAUGAACCGUGUUCACCCUCAUCUGUCCAAAGGCUACGCUUACAUCGAGUUUGAGAACUCUAAAGAAGCAGAACAAGCACUUAAAUACAUGGAUGGAGGACAGAUUGAUGGUCAGGAGAUAACAGUCAUAGCUGUCCUGACACCAAGGGCGCGCACACCUGCUAGGAGGCUGUCCCCGCCCCGCAGGAUGCCGCCUCCACCUCAGCUGUGGCGACGCACUCCGCCUCGUAUGAGGAGAAGGUCUCCACGGCGACGCUCACCAGUCCGGCGCAGGUCCAGAUCGCCUGGCCGCCGUCGACACCGGUCCCGUUCCAGUUCCAACUCCUCCCGCUAGAGAUCAGUAUUACCCAACUGAGAGUUUGUCUUGGUCUGUGACACUGAAAAAAUAUUUUUUCCUUCCGGGAACAUUUAGAGACUAAUACUUGAGCAUGCUCUCUGAUUAGAUUCAUAAUACGGUUUUAUUUUAAGUUAAAUCAUUUAUUAUCAUUGUUGCCUUUGAGUGAACCUAUUCCAUUUACUAUUAGCUAAUUUGGUCAUUAAUGGAGUACUGUUUACAUUGUUGAAUUCUUCUACAGUAUUUGCAUGGAAAAAAAGGGACUCAAAAAGAUUUAAGUAAAGGUUACACAAGAUAGAGCUGGCUCUGGACAGUACAAUAUACAGUAUUUGCCGAUAUGUAUAUAUUUAUUUAUAUUCUAUAAUUGUUUAAUUUAAUUUAACAGAGAAUUUGAUACUAAUUGAGUAUUUAUUGGAUACUAGCAUUUAUGAGUCACUUUGUUCUUUUGAUCCUGUCAUAUUUGGAUGGGUAAUUUUUUCCCCAGUGGUGGACUGGUGCAAUCUGUUUAAAAUACAGUCAGUGUGUGAUUUGCAGUUACGUGUAGUUGAGUUUGAGACUUGACAAUAAAGGACACGCCUUGUUUUGACCUAACAA